UAAGAGUGGAACUGUCAUAUGAAUAACGAUUGAUUAUAAGGAAAUGGUGAAUGUUAUGAAGAUAAAAAUGAACGGAAGAAAAUAUUUGAAUAUUGUCAAUGUCAUUACGUUUAUGUUAUUUAAAGACAUUGCUCUAGGUCUUGCGUGUAAAGAUGACGAAAAAACUCAGGAAUGUCAGAGUGUGGAUAUAUGUUACGGAGGUUCGUCUGGGAUUACAGCGGCAGACGUAUUGUGUAUUAUGAACAACGACUGUGACGACACAUACCGGAUUGAUGCAUGUGACAAGUGCGAGAAAAACCCAUCGCAAUACGAUUAUGACUCGCAAUAUAAAGAUUGUACAGGAAAUUGUUAUGAAACAGAUAAAAUGAGCGAAAUGAAAAAAGUGGACAAAUGUGGGGUUUGUGAUGGCACGGACAGCACGUGUAAUCCUUCUGUGACGAGUCUAGACAUUACCGUGAUUCCCAGCAAUACAAAUAUCUCGGUCAAUAUAACCGGACAAGCAAUGAUGACGGCAAAUAUCCAAAUACUGCUCCUCGAAGUUGUCAUAACUAAAAGUAAGCGAGAAGCGCCUAAUUAUAUAGAAUAUCAACACACUGAAAGUGACAAUGCAGCAUCUGGUCAUAGAAUAGUAAAAAGAGCGACUGAAAAAACUGUCAUACGUACUCUAAAUAUUGUCAAAGUCUACACGGACACAUCAUCUGAGAUAAGACUGGAUGAUAUUGAGGCAGGUACAUAUGAGAUAGGGGCACGAACGGGUGAAAAAGGUGACGAGUACAUUUCUCACACUGGACCACCAUUAAUUGUUUAUAAUGAAAAUGAUUUUACAGUUCCCAGCAUCUCUCCAACUGAACAGGAUCUAGAUGGAACAACCAAAAUUAAAGUAACAUUAAAACUAAAAAGGUCUAGGUCUGUCGUCGGGCUUUACGGAGGACUUGAAAAGAUAUUUGAUAUUGCUCAGUCAUUUACAUGUUUCUACAGUUCGGCAAGUGCAGUUAUUGUAUCAGAAGCACUCUCUUCUGCUGUUGGUACAUACACAUCCGCUGACAGAACGCUAGAAUGUGAAAUAAACGUACCAGAUGUUUCUAAAGCCGUCUGGGUGUGUCCGUCUUUCAACACGAUCCACUUACUACAGUGUCAAAGCAUUGCAUUUUACUUACUCGCCCCAAAGCCUGUCGGAAAUAACCUAACUUUUACGGAUUCAGGUCGACGUUUGUACGUAGAUUUUGACAUGGCUGUAGAAUCAAGUGUAAAUGCACCUUGUUCAUCAUAUUUCACUGACGUAAGUACGCUUGGAGUAGAGCCUAAAUGUUACUUUGACGAUGAUGGUGAUCAGUUGUCAAUAUUGCUUGGUGAUAGCAGCACGGCAAACCCAGGUGAUACUUUAGAACUUAAGGCCGGCCUUAAAGCACGUGUAGGGGAAUUCAGACGGGAAUCAUUGGCUGUGACGUUGACACUUCUAGUAUCACCGUCCCCUUCGUCAUCGUCUGGUGAUGAAAUUGAGAAAAUUGAGAUUGCAAAAGUAGGUUUUUGGCCGGAGAAAUUGUCAGCAUCAGCGGAAAGUCCAAUUAGUUUGGAAAUAGAAAUAGUUAACUUACCAGGCGGCAGACCACAGAAAUCUAUAGUUUGGUCUGUUAAUGAGGAACCUAUAGAAGCUGCUAAAGAUAAGUUUGUCCUCGUACUUGACAUCACAGAGAAUAGAGAGUAUGACAUCACAGUUACAGUCACAGAUUUUCUAGGUGGUACAGAUGUCAUUCAGCAUACGCUAGUGAAAACAAAUGAUAAUUUACCGAAUGUUGAUUUCUCCUCGAGCGGUAUAUAUCAGGGAUUUGGGACCAAGUACCUUAUAUUUCCAAAUACAAUUUUUACAAUCUCUACGAAAUUGAUAUACCCUGAAGGCACUACCUCAGACGACUAUAAGUUCCAGUGGACAAGGAAUGGUGUUCAUGUACCAGGACAAUUUAUAUAUAGGUCAACUGCUGAUGAAACAACCAUUGAAAUGUGUGACGAGAAGGUGGUUUACACUAUAAAAGUCAGUACAACAAAUGAAUUGAAAUCUAUAGAAUACACUUUAAAUGUGUGGGUCUUUUGUAGGAAUCCGAUUGCGGAAAUAUCAGGAAAUGACCUCAGAAAUGUUGACGUCAGGAGUGACGACGUAACACUUUACGGUUAUUCGUCCAGAGAUCCCGAUGGCGGGACGCUUACUUACGAAUGGACGUGUUCUACGCUGGAGAAUCCGCAAUGUAUUAAUGGUGUUACAAAAUCCGAAACCACCACUGCCUCGUCAAUUACAAUAUCGCCAUCCAAAAUGAAGGCCGGCAAGAAAUACGCAAUAUUCCUGACAGUAAGGGUGAAAAAGACAGGCAAAUUUUAUAAUCACACAGACAGAGUUGUAUUUGCAGUCCAAGCUGGAAACAGGCCUGUGAUACGAUGGGUAACAAUGAGAACAAAAUUCCGACAUGACGUCCCAAUAAUGAUGCGAGCAUACGUAGGUCAUGACGUCGAAGUAAAAUGGAAAUUCCGAGAUGAUCUUAGUCUGUACGAGUAUAUAGACAGUAAAAAUAGAUCAAUAGGAAAAUCAAGGAUGACAGACGACGGUUUUGCAUGGUAUAGAAUACAAGAAGGUGUUCUAAAGCCAGGUAAGCAGUACAAACUACAUAUUAAUGUGACCAAGACAGAUUCGGGAUUGUCUUCCACCGACGAACGUGACAUUUACGUGUAUGCACUUCUCCGAGGGUGUUCCGUUGAAACAAAUGCAAUAACAGAAUUUGAGGAAGCCACCAUUUUGCUAAGAAAUUGCGCGGAAGACAAGGAUGUUGAAUGGAAGUCCAUUAUGUGUACGGAGGGUGACAGAGAACUACAUAUUUCAAAGGAACAUACUUUCAUUGUCCCUAGAUUUAAAUCAGAUGUAAACAAAGUCAUCCUGAAAUGCAAGAUAAUGGAUAAUUUAGGAAAUAGCAUGAUUGCUGAACCUAAAGAAGUAGUUGUGAGAAAAACCGCAGAAGAAACUACAAUGGACAAGAUGAUUGAAGGUCUAAAACAAAACGGUGAUAAAGUUAAAGCUUUGGCUUUGAUAUCAGAGAUGGCGGAUGAAGAUGAAUAUAGAGGAGACGAAUCACUGAAUACUAAAGCUGUUGAACUUAUUAAAGAAAUCAUCGAUGGUAGCCCGUCUGACGAUGAUAUAAAUUUCUCAUUGAAAAGCUAUGGCAAAUUAAAUGUUGACAAAUUGAAGGCAGACGACAAAAAACUACUGGCAGAUGACCUGGUAUCAAUGUUAGAUAAACUUUGUCAUGCAGACCAAACUGAUGCAACCACAUUUGAUGCUGAACAGACAAAGCACAUUCUGCGGAAUAUUAAGCGGCUCAUGGCAAGUAAUCCCAAGACGCUAGGCAAAUUGUAUAGGCAAGCCGAGGAGAAAUUUGCUUGUGUUAAGUUUAAACGAAUGAGAAACGAAGAUUCUGAAAUUAUCAGAGACGAAGAUGGGACGAAGCAUGCAUAUCUUGUUACUGUGCUCGAAGACAUUCCUGAAGAACUUGGUUUUGAAUUUCCGGAAGAGCUGAAGGAAAGAUAUAGGGACCAAUGGAAUUGUAAAGAGGCAGAAUCUUGCUUUGGUGUUGGGGUCAUAAUGGAGGAGUAUCCAUCCGAGCCACCGGACCUUCUUCGAUAUAAAAGAGCAGACGAUGGUUGCAGGAAACAUGUAAUCUUAAAGUUGUAUAACCCUUCAACAGGCGAGGGUAUCGACAUUAACAAUUUAGAAGGAACAAUAAAUAUGAAUCUAGGAUCAAAGUGUAAGAGAGGAAAGUGUUGGUACCGGGAUGAACUACUACAACGAUACAGCCAAGAUGGUGUUACAACGAUUGUACGGGACAAUGGGGACAUUAUAUGUCAGUCAAAUCAUCUUACAGCUUUUACAGCUGAAAGUGAGCCUGAGCCGUUUAAAGGAUUAAAUCUUCCCUAUGUGAUAUCGUUAUGUGUAGGAGGAAUACUACUCUUGGUAUCUCUAGUGAUUCUCGUGAAGCUGUGGCUGGUAACAAAACAUCGAGCCAAUGCCGUUGAAGAUGAAAAAGAGUUUGCACUGGAUGAUGUACCAAUGUAUAAAGACAACUCUCCUUCAUUCAAAAAGCGCUAAUAACUUUGAAACUAUUUUGUUAUUUAGAUGCGUUUUUUUUCCUGAGUGAUCAUCUGUUAUUAUUUUAAGGACUAUUCUCUUAAUAUAACAUGUAACAACCAAGUGCUCGUUCAAAGGAGCAAAGAACACAUUAUCACUUAAAUGGUUCUCCUACGUGUACAAAAGUAACAGUUGGCAUAACAACGACCGGUUGCUAUAGAAACAUAACAUAAUUCAUAUGGUUGUCGUUUGUUCUGUGAUACUCAAAAACCUGCAAACUAGCUUUCAUUUAAAUAUUUUUUAACGGAACUUAGAACUUGGAACGGAGCUUAGACAAUACUUGCUCAUAUGCUUCUUAUACAAAAUUAUAUAGUGUGCUCAGAUGAUUUUCCUUUACAUUAUAAUGAAGUUAACUGUUUCUAAAAUGUAUAAUAUACCUCGAGUUGAAAAUAAAAUAAACAAUAAAAAUGUAAUUAAUGCAGCGAGAAUUCCAUGUCUAACAAAUUUGAUGAAGACAGGGUAAACUUAAGAUAUUUAUAAACAUGCCAUCAAUUCGUAACAAUUUGAAAUAUAGAAAAUCGUACUAUGUGAUUUUUUUAAAAGUAUCCAAAAGGUAUAAUUUUACAUAAUUUAUAAUAUAUUUGAUGAUAUAUGUUUAAUGUUAUUUAUUAACAAUUUACACAAUGAAAUUUGAAUACAAGCAAAACAUUCGGUAUGUGUGGAGAAAUAGAAGAAACGUUUAUUAUAAUUAUUUUUCAAUGUUUAAAACAUGUUAGAUGUUGUGUUGAUUUUAUAUUGUUUUAUAGUGUAUGCGUCAAUAGAACAUUUCAUUUAUGUUAGUCAAAACGAUGACAACUACUAAAGUUGUCUAAUAUGAAAGUGUUUUCAUUGAUAAUUUAUUUUUAUACUUCUAAUUGUUAUCAUUAAAAGUUUCCCGUCAUUUCAUGUUAAUACAAUCAUAAUUGCCAUAUUCUAUUUUUGUGUGUAAACUUUUUUACAAUUAUCUGCAUUAUUAAUAAUAAAGCAAUACCUUAGGAUUGACAACACGACAGAAUUAAAAUUAUACCGGUAAUCUUUCAGGCAUAGAUUGUUGACAUGUUGUAGUGAAGCAUGCCUCUUCCUUAAAUACAUGUAUAUAACAAACCAAAAGUUUCGAAAAUGAUGGGUUUUAUUUGUAUUUGUUUUCAAAAUUUUGUGUUGUUAAUGCAUUGGAGUAUUUAUAGUUCGGAUGAAAACAAUAACGUGUUUAUGUAAAAAAAUACUAAUCCGGUUUUGUAUUGGGAGAGGAGCAUCGAUAUUUAGUCUAACAGAUUUAACAUUUAUAUUUAACCAAUAUUUUUGUGAUUUUGUUUUCAUUGUAAAUAUUUGAGUCUGAAUUUAAGAAUGUGAAAUAUCUAUAUAUUCCACAAUAGAAAUAGGCAUACGUAUAUAUUAAGUUCCUUUUCUUGUGUUAUCCAAGGUAUGAUGUCUUUGAUAUGGUUUCAUUUCUUAUACAUGUUAUUUUUGCUUUUCUUCAAUUAUCAUGUAUUGGAUAUGUUUUACCAUGUUAUUACAUAAUAAUGAAAUAAAUAUAUCUGUGCAUUAAAAACAGUAGAUCAAUAAAACAUUUAAAUGGUUCUUCCACUUUGAUUUGGACUCGCCAAUGUUUGUAAUAAAACACGAUUGAUUUUAUUUCAAACUUUAUAACUGUUAUGUUGAAACCUAAGUUUUGAAACACAAAUACAUUUUCUUUGUAGAAAUUCUAAUAAAAUAACAUAUUUUUUUAUGAAACCAUCUGUUAUGUUAGUACAGGUAUGUUUCAUUUUUGAACAUGAAAUAUGUGUGAAUUAUAAUUGCACCUCUUUACAGUUAAAGUAAAGCAAUAACAAUAAUUUCAUCUGGCAGCGAAAGUAGUUUAAACCUGUUAUUAAUAGUGUUUCCAUUGUUGUAAAUAUAUAAUAAUUUGUUCAAACACAUGUUAACAAAAGUUCUUUAAUUUGUAAAACAGUAAAUGAACUAAUAUAGAUGUACUUAACAAUGUUAUAUGACCUAGCGGGUACAGUUGUUUAAUACACCGAUGCAAACUUUAUAAGUUAAAAUCCUCCGAGAAACAUUGUCUUUUACAUUAGUUAUUUAUUCCGCUAAGGAGCUAAACAAUAUUCCUUUGAAACAAAGCAGUUCACAAUUUUCAUUAAGAAAUAACAUACUGACCAUAGCUUUCGCAGAAGAGGUAGGUCCAUCGCGGUGGAAAGUGCGUUACGUCAAGUUAAACCCUCAAAAUAUUCAUAAAUGGUAUCGGGCCCAUUACACUGCGUUGCAAUCGAAUCCACCGCCGUCUGCGUUGAAAUCAAUUUUUUGUCAUUUAUUUUAUAAACAGGCAAUAAUAAUUUCCCAAAUUUUCAAAUUAUGAUUAUUUUGUGAAAGUAUCAUUCAUACGAUGUGAUGUCGUUGUAUUAUGGGUCGUUUUGCACGCAUUUGUACGUGUUUUAACCAAAAUUAGGCAAAAGUGGCGUACCCUCGUCAAACUGUGCAGAAGUGUUUGCAUAAACGGCAAUGAAUUGCACCGUAAAGAUGAAUCAUUUAAAAUAAAAAAAUAUAUAUUAGAAUUGUUUUAAGCAGGAAAGGGAUGUUGUAUAAUUUCGUUAUGUUUUAUUUUUGCUUUCAUUAAAGUAUUUUGAAGAUGU